UGGUUCGGGUGGGGGCGAGGUUGGCCAGUUUAAAGCCUGAAUCCCAAUAGUCUAAUAGCUAUAUAAGCUCUGUCCGCCGGUCAAGCCAAAAACAUUUGUGUGGACCGUGUGAGCGCGUAAGAUCAGAAUGAAGCUUCUGUUGGUUCUUCCACUUCUGGUGGCUGCGGUCUCGGCCCAAUUUGGAGGUUUCGGAGGAGGCAGAUUCGGAGCAGGUCUUGGUAACCUGGCCAACAAUCCCGCGGGGGGAGCUAUUCGAAAUGCAGCCGCCGGCAUUCAGGGUGCUGUGAACAACAUUGCCAGUGCUGUGCCCAAAGUGCCUUUCCUAAAUGACGUCCAGAACUUUGGAGACUUCUUGUCCCAGUCUGGAAAGUCCUACCUCAAUGCCGCUGAUCAGGCUCUCCACGAGGCCGCCUUUUCGACCACGAAGAAUCUGGUGGACGCCGGUAACGAGGCCUUCGCCCGAGGAACUGCCUCUUUCAAGCAGGCUGUGAAUGCAUUCGCUGAUCUGACCCACGGCGAGUUCCUGAAGCAGUUGACCGGUCUGAAGAGGAAUCCAGCAGCUAAAGCUCGUGCUGCCGCCAGUUUGAAGGAGGUGAGCCUGCAGCCAGGACCCGUUCCGGAUGCCUUCGAUUGGCGUGAGCAUGGUGGUGUUACCCCUGUGAAGUUCCAGGGAACUUGUGGAUCCUGCUGGGCCUUCGCCACCGUCGGAGCCAUCGAGGGUCACACCUUCCGCAAGACGGGAAAACUUCCCGUGCUCUCCGAGCAGAACCUGGUGGACUGUGGUCCCGAGGAGGACUUUGGCCUGAUUGGCUGCGAUGGCGGCUUCCAGGAGGCCGCCUUCUGCUUCAUCGAUGAGGUCCAGAAGGGCGUGUCGCAGGCUGGAGCAUAUCCCUACAUCAACAACAAGGACUCCUGCAAAUACGACGGCAGCAAGUCGGCAGCCAAGCUCCAAGGAUUCGCCACCAUUCCGCCCAAGGACGAGGAGCAAAUGAAGAAGGUUAUUGCCACCCUGGGACCCGUGGCCUGCUCGGUGAAUGGCCUGGAGACCCUGAAGACCUACGCCGGUGGCAUCUACGACGACGAUGAGUGCAACAAGGGCGAGCCGAACCACUCAAUCCUCGUCGUGGGCUAUGGAUCCGAGAACGGAAAGGACUACUGGAUCGUCAAGAACUCAUGGGACGUCGCCUGGGGCGAGAAGGGCUACUUCCGCCUGCCUCGCGGACAGAACUACUGUUUCAUCGCUGAUGAGUGCUCCUACCCACUUGUUUAAGGAGAAGAUUUAUUGUUAAGUGCCAUCAGUCUUGUGAAAUGUUAUGUUACAUCACUUUCUUAAAUAAAAUAAAGUAA